AUGCUCCGAUCCUGGCCGCUGUGGGCCUUGCCUGGUGCGGUGGCCUUCACAUGCUACCCAGAGUACUCCUUCUCCUGGUGUGACAACACCACAGAGGCCUCCUGUAUCCAUAACUAUGCCUUCUCGGUGGGUCAUUUCCAGAGGAAGCUGACAAGCUAUUACUUCCACAACCAGCGGCCUCCUCUCACGGAGGCAGUCUUCUUGACUCGUCUGCCCAGGCACGCCUGA